AUGGCCCCGUCAGACUGCGCAUAUCUGAUAGGAGGCCCCGGCACUCGAAAUCUGAUGGUUGGCCCCGUCAAAUGGCAAUGGGGCUACCUAGCAGGGCUGGUACCGGGGCAACCCUACACUAUCUACCGGGGUUACUUCCCACUGUGUCUCGAAGAACCGCCUUGCCACGACCUAAGCUCUACUUACGAGAAAUUUCCUUCGCAAAUGUGGAAUGAUUGCUCUGUAUCAGCGAAAGAUACAUUCCUGUCUGGGUGGUACGAGAACGCUGGUUUCGAAUACGUUGAGCUCCCGCCAACUUCAAAUGACAUCAUUCAGAAUUUCAAUAACUCUGAAGAGUACACGCGCGCGGUGAAGCAUGUCGCCAAAAGACCAUGUCCGCCUAUGGAUUUGUCGGAAAAGGCCAGUGGGGGUACUAUGACCCAACCGGCAUCAUAUUGGUCAGGAACGGUACUCCUUGCAGAGGUGCCUCGCGCAUCUUACUGGACGAAAGGAGUAUUCCAUAGACCAGAUAACGACAUCGGCCUUCUGCAAGAGACACAGACGAAGGAUGGGUUACAACGAGAUCUCACAUUCGUUGAAGGCGCUAUCAACAAUAUGCUAACUCUCGCGAUCUCCUCUACGUCACUUCCAGGGAAGCGGGACGUCCCCACCACUAAUUCGAACACGUUACGUGGGCCUCCUCGCGCUCGGCGUGGAGACACUUGGACUGGCGACUUCGUGAUACCUGGUAUACGCGAAAGUGGAGAGUGGUUUGGGCACCGAGGGGGUGUAGAUGAGGAUUGGCGUGAAGACGCGGCUCAUAAAGGUAGUAAAAGAGUGGAAGAUCAGUGGACAUCCAGGAAGGGUCCCAUCGGAUGUGAAAGCUACGGAAUAACUGAGGAGCUAGGUCCUAGUGACAUGGGGGACCAAUUGGCUCACUUGUCGCCACUCGGAUCGUUCCCUAGGAAUUUCUUGGGGGAAUGCGAAUUCGACCUACAUCAAUUUCGUCCAUUUAAUAAUUGCGAUUCAUUCAAGCUCCGAGAGAAGCUCAAGAAGAAUCGCUUGCCAAAGAAGGUGAUAGAUCAUGCCCUCGGUUUUUGGCAACGGUAUCACCGAGCUUACCGACAUCGACUGAGUCAGCGCACCAUUUCCCAUUUCCAGCUCGAUCCACCCAAGUUUCCUGCCCCUUUGAAUUUGCUCAUGGCAACAACUGUCGUUACCGAGGAAAAUGAGGAAAACGCCAGUCGUCGGACCCCCGUAAAUCUCGGUAUCAAUGGCCCCUUCCCUACGUAUACUCGUACUUUAGUGUCGGGUAAUGGAUUAUUUGUUGCACGAGUCCCACCGAAGAUUGACAGUCCUGUGACAACAUAA